GAAAAGAUGAGUUGGAUCCGUUUUAAGGGAGCGAAUUUCGGGGCUCUGAUUGACACUCUGGUCCCUAACCUGCUGCUGCUCCUCUUGGCUCGGUGGUGGCCGUGGUAGCAUUGGCGUUGGCCGGGUGGUUCGUCAAUGGCGGUGCUAACAGCUAAGUGAAAACCAUGGCCAUCUCUCUCCGACGUGAUCUCCUUUGUUCACCUCUCUCUGAUCUCGUUUUCAGUGGUUUUUCUCAUUGAUGAUCUGGGAGAUUGGAAGUUUUUGGCAUUUCAGCUGUUUGGGUUUGGACAGCUAUCUGGUCCAUCUGGUUCAGGGAAGGAUUGAUGUGCUCCAUUGAAUUAUGAUGUCCCUCAAAAGCAUUGUGCGUGAGCUGAGGGAAAUGAAGGGUGGAAUUGGAAGCAUGUCAAGACGAGGGGUUGAAGGGAAGCAUUGGCAUGGCAGGGCAAGGUCGCAUAUUGCACCCGAUGAAACACCACCUGAAUCUGAACCAAUUCAACAGGGCCAGUGGGCAAAUCUGCCACCAGAAUUGCUCUUGGAUAUCAUUAGGAGGGUAGAAGAGAGUGAGAUCUCUUGGCCUGCUCGUGCUGUUGUUGUUUCUUGUGCUUUGGUUUGUAGGUUGUGGAGGGAAAUCACAAAGGAAGUUGUUAGAACUCCUGAGCAAUGUGGGAGGCUAACAUUUCCCAUCUCGUUGAAGCAGCCGGGUCCUCGUGAGUCUCCCAUACAGUGCUUUAUUAAGAGAGAUACUGCAACUUCCACUUAUCUAUUGUACUGUGGUCUGGUGCCUUCUGAGAAUGAGCGUGAUAAAUUGCUAUUAGCUGCCAGAAAGGUCAGAAGAGCAACAUGCACAGACUUCAUUAUAUCUUUGGUCGAAGAUGAUUUUUCUCGAGCCAGCAACACAUAUGUUGGUAAACUGAGGUCUAAUUUUCUAGGAACCAAGUUCACCAUGUUUGAUUGCCAACCUACAUGUGAAGUGCCAGUACAACCAGCUAGCCAGACACAUCGAAGAUUGCAUUCUAGGCAGGUGUCUCCAAAAUUACCUGCAUGUAAUUACAGUAUAGGCACCAUCACCUAUGAGCUCAAUGUUCUCCGCACGAGAGGGCCAAGGAGAAUGCAUUGCGUCAUGCAUUCAAUUCCCAUCUCUUCCAUUGAGGAGGGGGGCUCCGCCCCAACGCCAACAUCCUUCCCAGAGACUUUUGAUGAUAGAUUAUCUCUCUCAGCAGGUCCAAAAGGGAAGGAACCAGUCUUGAAUGUCAGUUCUGGAAGCCUGUCACAGUCUCCAGUAAUAGUCCAUGGCUCUAGAGAGCCCCUAGUUCUUAAAAACAAGGCCCCCAGAUGGCAUGAACAGCUACAGUGCUGGUGCCUGAAUUUCAGAGGGCGUGUUACUGUUGCUUCCGUUAAGAAUUUUCAACUUGUGGCUGCUAUUGAGCCAUCCCACAAUGUUCCAGCUGAAGAGCAAGAGAAGGUGAUCUUGCAGUUUGGAAAAAUUGGAAAAGACAUCUUCACAAUGGAUUAUCGCUACCCCCUUUCUGCCUUCCAAGCCUUUGCCAUCUGCCUCAGCAGCUUUGACACCAAACCAGCCUGUGAAUGAUAAAUGUAGUGCCUGAAUAUAUCUACCAUAGUUUGCGGAAUUGCUUCCUCCAGUUUUGAAAUGCAAGUGCAGUCUAUGUGUAGCUCUUCAUGCAUGAGCAUUCACAACUGAUCUUAGCUGCAUAAUCCUUACUUUUUCUUAUCAUGGAAUUUGACUUGUAUUUUGUUUCAUCAUCUUAACGCUAAUGUUAAAUUAAAAAAAAAAAAUUCAGUGGAUUUUAUCUGUAAA